AUGGACUCAGACUUCACGUUAGAGUCUUGUGAUUCUGCGUCGUCACUGCCAUCCCACACCGGCAUCCUGAGAGACGAGACUCUGAUCCUUCGACAGUUAUUAGGGCAUUAUGGUGACGUCGAAACCAGCCUACCUACGCUUCCUCUGUCAAAAACGGCGCAUGGGUUGCCAAAGUCCCCCAUGAAAGACUUUCUGUUUGUCGGACUUGACAUUGACACAUUCCAAGGGUAUGAGAAACUUCUCCCUGACCAGCAGCUUCACGUUGGUAUUUCCAUAUUGGACACUCGCGACCUUGAAAGUGCACUUUCAAACCCAGCUUCGAUAGAUCACAGCCAAAUUAUCAUGUCUCAUCAAUUCACCAUUGGAAAUUCCCGGUAUAGCAGGCGAGCCUCGAACAGGUUCUUGUUCGGGACUUCGCAACCGACUACGAUUGAAGAAUUGAAGUCGAAAGUUGAAGCCUUGAUCGAUGCCAACCGGGAUAUCGUUUUGGUCUCACACGGAACCAGUUCAGACCUCAAGAUCAUCCACCAACUCAACAUCAACCUUCCAAACCGAUCGCUUUAUAUUAUUGACACGAACAAAGCUGCCCAAUUUCCUCUCCAAUUGUACUACCGAUAUGGCUUGGAGAAGCUGCUUGAUGCUUUACAAAUUCCUUUCGCAAAUCUCCACGCAGCCGGGAACGACGCGCGCUUCUGUCUGCAGGCUUUACUCAUGCUUGUGGUAAGAGAUGCCGAAAGACAGCCCCUUAGCUGCUCUGAGGCAUUAAUACACCUGCUCAGAGACGUGGCACAACAACCGAGACCAUCCACAGCGGGAGAAAUACAAGGCCCUAUAGAGGAAGCUAAUCGGCAAGCCAAGAUUGAUCAAAAGGCGAGGAGGAUAGAGAAACGGGCCGCCAAGAGACAGAGAAAAUUACUGCGUAGAGCGGAACGGGACGUCAAGGUCCCGCAAACCGAGGAGAUGGAGGCUUCAGACGAAGCUCCUUCACAGGCACAAUUCGAUGAAGGGGUAUCAAUCUCGAGCACUCAUGUCCUCUGGCUAGUUUGUGCAGUCUACACGAUGUGUCAGCUCUGGCGAAAAUUUGGGUGGAAAUGA